AAGAUUUUUGUAUUAAAUGAUUCCUUAGUAACUAAAAAACUUUGUUUAGUUUAAAACAAUGAAAAUUUUUGACAAAUUAAUUAUAUAAAAUAAAAUCUUUUUGGGAAAUCGAGUUAAAUAAUUUGAGUUUGAAUUAUAGAUUUCAUGAAACAUUUUUAAGAAUUAAAUUGAUCAUUUGAUAUUUUGUAAUAAAAGAUUUAAAUUGAUUUUUAGUGGAUUUGCUUAUUUUACAUCCUCAUACUAUUAGAUUUUAGGCCAUUGAUUUAUAGUUUUAUUAAUUCUAUCAGCCGCAAAUAAUAUUAAUAUUUGUUUCUAAAAUAUAAAAAUCCCGAUAUAUCUAAAUUGUUACAAUUUAUUAGGUUGCGCUGGUUUUUAUUCCUAGUAACAUUGCCUUUUGAACAAGUUAGUUGAUAAAAAUUUUUCAGCAAGUAUCUUACCGAGGAUUUAAAAAAAGAUUUAGAUAAAAUAUAAUCGAUAAAGAUUUUUAUUUUAUAUUUUUUUACAAGACUUAGGAAACUCGGUAUGUACAGUCUAUGUGUAGUCUGCGGAAAUUCUUAAAUAAAAUACUUGGAAUAAAAAUGAUAGAUGAGAGAAUUUCGGCUCAGACUUUCCCAAAACUAAAAAUAUAGAUUUAAAUGAAACUUCCUUGAUAGUACUACUAGAGCUGAAAAAUAAACCUAAUCAGUCUCUUUAAAUUUUCUAGUCGAAUAUAUAUAUACAUAUAUGUAAAAUAUUUUUUUCCAUAAUAUUUUAUUAAUUUUUCUCGUACAAUUACUUUAUUUUAAAAAAAUAAUUUGUAUGUAAAUAAUGAAUUAUAAAAACUAUAAACCUAGAGUCUUUGAGUGACUGCUCGAGUUUCACUACAUUUAAUUAAUUAUUAUUAAAUAUUAUAUAUUAUAUUUUAAGUUUAAUUGUUUAUUGAAUUAUUUACUCAAUUAUUAAAAAAUAAUUCAAAUUCACAAAUUUUUCGUAACAUUUUAAGUAUAUUUUUUUCCAAUUAAUAUCGAAUUAAGUUUAAAUCGAAUUCAAUCAAAAAGUAAUGUAUUUUUUUAUCUUCAAUCGAUUUUAAUCGGAUUCAGUUUGAAAUUUUCGAUUGACGUUCAAUCGGAUUCAAUCGGAGUUUUUAAUCACCGUUGAAUAAAAUUUUUCUUAAUCUCUUAAUCAUAUAAAAGAAUAUAUACAAUUUGUUUACUUUUAAUUUAAUUUCAUUGCUUAUAAACAUCCGGUUGAUUCACAAAUAUAUGUAUAUAUAUUGAUAUUUUAAAGGAUAAAAAAAAAAUUUUGUGUAUGAAUCAGCGUUAGACGAUGCACCUCAUAUUAUUCCCGUAUUUCUUUGAAGGUCUCGCGGUCUCUGGACCUCUUUCCUCUUUUUUCUUAUUUCUUAGAACUGAAUCCAAGAGUCUGAUCGGGUCUCAUCAUUCCGACUUUCUUAUUUUAUAUAUGUAUAUUAUACACAAAUAUAUAUUACUAUAUUUUAAGUAUUUUUUUUUAUUCCAUUCACUAUUCACUAUUUUCUCUCAUCUUAUUUUACGCUUUGGAUUUAAAAGAAAUAAAAUUUUACUAUAUUUCUCCCACUUAAACUUUCAUUCAUUCUAAAAAAAAUCACGUGGUAAAAAGACCGGGGAAUGAAUAUAUUAUAUAAGUCAAAGGGUUCACCGAUUUUAUAACAUUUCAAGUUUUUCUACCAACUUGCAAGUUUGUCGCGGAAUUUUUUUUUUUUUUUUUACUAAUAGUUCAGUCAAUAGAUGAAUAACUUAAAAUUUAAAAAAAAAUUAAUUGAAUUUUUAGUCAAUUUCUUUAAAAAUUACGCAGUUUUUUAUCUUGAAACUUUAAUUAUUUUUAAAAUUAAAUCUACACAAAAUUAAUAAAAAAAAUUACUGAGAAGUGUCGAGUCAUACGUGAUUUAUUUUUAUUUUCUCUUAUUACUUAUCGUCAUGUACUAAAAAACUUUUAAAAACGUUUAAAGAUGAAUCAUCUCGUGCAUAAUCGAGAUCUGGAAGAAAAGUUUAACGGCGGUAGUUUCAGUUCGUCCAUUCGAGGAGAAUGUCAAUCUAGUGUUCAUUCUUUCAAUUAUUUAAAUUUUAAUAAUAAUAAUAAUAAUAAUAAUAAUAAUAAUAAUAAUAAUAAUAAUAAUAAUAAUAAUAAUAAUAAUAAUAAUAAUAAUAAUAAUAAUAAUAAUAAUGAUCUAGUGAAUUGUGAGUUAAAUUAUUUAAAUAAAAAUGUUGAUGUUGAAAUGGAAAUUUUUAAUAAAAAAAAUAAUAAUGAGCCGGUUAUAGUCCCGACAAAUCCGUCUGAAUGGAAUUCAGAGCACGUUGAAGAAUGGUUAGCAUGGUGUACUCGGGAGUUUUCAAUAACUCCAGCUCCAGAACGUAAUAAAUUACCUGAUAAUGGCAAGGAACUUAUAAAUGUCAGUAUUGAUAGGUGGAAAAAAAUAUCUGGAGGUAAAAUUUUGGCGAGGCAUCUUGGGUAUUUAAGAUUGCAGGCUACUGGUGUUUAUACUGCAGAUCUUAUUCAGGAACAAAAAAUAAAUGAAAGGCUCAGCCUCCUACAGAGAUCGUGCUCGUUGAUUGGCUCUGGAAAUAUAACGUUAUCGGCGGGCGUAUCGUCUUCAGUGGCCUCAGCUAUCGCUGGCGGGGGUAAUGUCGGUGGACAAGUACAACUGUGGCAAUUUCUCCUUGAACUACUGGCGGACUCAUCUAACGCGAGUUGCAUCACUUGGGAAGGAUCUAAUGGAGAAUUUAAACUAACGGACCCUGAUGAAGUCGCCAGGAGAUGGGGCGAACGCAAGAGUAAACCUAAUAUGAAUUAUGAUAAAUUAUCACGAGCACUUAGAUAUUAUUACGACAAAAAUAUAAUGACCAAAGUCCAUGGCAAAAGAUACGCUUAUAAAUUUGACUUCAACGGGUUAAUGAUGGCUUGCCAGUCGCAAACCGGCCUCGCACUCGAGUCACCAUCAUCUCCAAGAUCAUGCCCAUCGCAUGUAUACUCAGGAUCACAAUACUCCACUCAAGGAAUAGCCCAACACUACUGGACCUAUUCUCGAUACUCACCUUAA